AUGUCCAGCAUUGCCCCAGAUGCCCCUGCCAGCGGGUCUGCUGCUGCUCCGACCCAGAGCAGUCCUCCUCCACCUACUCAGGCACAAUUGAUGGCAAUAUUCGCAGCCCGAGCGAAAAAUGACCAUGACGCUAUGAUAUUAUAUGCAGCUGUUCUUGCUGCUUUAAUCGGUCUCUUCACUAUUGUUCAUAUCUUCGUGUACUUGUGGCGAAAGUCAAGCCUUGCCCAGGUUUCGGCUACUGUUCCACCCCCUUUCAACUACUCAGAAAGUAUAAAACGUCUCUUAUUGCGAAAAGUCCCUGGUGCACCAUCGCUGGGUCACGCUCUCCUUUACAUCACCUAUCUUGGACUUAACGUCGGUCUCGUUUUCGUAUACACCGACGAUAGUAUACUGCCACUACAUGUCAUCGUCGCAGCUCGAACUGGAUGGCUGGCCAUCGCGAAUCUUUGCUUGACAGUGUUCCUCAGUCUUAAGAUCACGCCGCUUGGUUUUCUUGUAGGAUGGACCUACGAGCGGCUGAACCCAUUUCACAGAGUGUCGGGGUUAAUGACCUUCAUUCUCGUCCUUGUUCAUGCGGCUUCAUAUUCAUCCUUCUUCCUGGAACAGCAAAAUGCUGCGCGUCUACGGGUACUAGACGAGAUCUUCGGCAUUGUCGCCGGCUUCACUCUUUUCACAGUGGUGGCUGUUGCCUUGACCUUGCAGCGUCGACGUUACGAGCUCUUUUAUGUUCUGCAUGUUCUCUUUUUUAUUGCAUCCUUGGUGUUCAUAUGCCUUCAUCAUCCAACUGCGGCUGAGAGGGUUAUCAUCCCCAUCAGUGUAGCCGCUGGAAUAUGGUUUUUCGAUCGCCUAGCACGAGCAUCUAGGUUAGUGUACCACGGUGUUAACAACUCCGCAACACUACAGCCACUGGCCAGUGGCGGCACGAGGGUCAUUAUGCGAAAGAAUCUAUCGGGCGCAAGGUCUGGGCAGCACGCAUUUCUCUGGAUCCCUGGGGUCCGGUUGUUUGAGUCUCAUCCCUUUACCAUUGUGAACACGCAACCACUUGAGUUUCUGAUUGAGGCUCGUGACGGUUUCACUCGCGACCUGCAUGAUUACGCCGUCAAAAAUUCGGGGGUGACACUGAAAGCAUCUGUCGAAGGGCCUUACGGACAAAUACCGGAACCCGCUCUUUACGACAAAAUAUUGAUCUUUGCUGGUGGUAGUGGCGCAACUUUCGGAAUUGGUAUUGCACUUCAACUUCUGAAAGAUCUUGGCAACAUUAUCAAAAGAGAUAUCACAGUGGUUUGGGUUAUGAGAAAUCCAGAUCUUUUGGAAUGGUUUUCAUUUCACAUCGAACACCUCGCCCGCGCCCAGGGAUUCAAAGUCUUGAUCCACAUUACUGACCAAAUAGAGCUUAGUAAGAUUGUUUUCAGUGACCAGGCAGCGCCGGCGACAAGAGACUCUCCAGAAGGGACACUUGUCUCAGAAGGGCAAUUGGGAACGACAUUGACGGAUGAUACACCCAGUCAGUCCGAUGCUCAACGAGGCUUUAUGUAUGCGACUCCGAUCCACUUCGGACGUCCUCAAGUUGACGACAUUGUCGCCCAAACUAUAGAGGGCAUGCCUGCAAGUUCACGAGUAUUGGUUUUGGGAUGUGGACCUCCCAGUUUGUUGCAAGACAUGAGGCAGUCGACCACUUCCCGAAUGACCCCAAAUGGUGCUGGGAUAUCUCUUCAAUUUGAGCAAUUCGGAUGGUGA